AUGCUCCAGGAGAACUGCACCGCAAUGCUGGACUUCAUGUUGUUGGCUUUUCCUACCCAACCAGAGCAUCAGGUCUUACUUUUCCUGGGUGUCAGCAUGACCUAUGCAACCAUCAUCACAGGUAACUUGCUCAUUGUAGUAGCUAUCUGGGGAGACCCUCACCUGCACACUCCCAUGUACUUCUUCCUGGUGACCCUCUCUGUGGUUGAGCUCUGCUAUACAGCAGUUGUAGUCCCGCAGAUCCUGGUAACCAGUCUACAGGAAAGGAAGGUCAUCACUUUUAGGAGCUGCUGUGCUCAGAUGUUCUUUUUUAUCGGACUGGGUAGCACCGAUUGCUUCUUGCUGGCUAUCAUGGCAUAUGACCGCUAUGUGGCCAUUUGCAAGCCCUUGCGCUACACCGUCAUCAUGACACAGCAGCUGUGUGUUCAGCUAGUGGCUGCCGCAUUGCUGAGUGGUUUCCUGAUUUCCUUCUUGCUGGUGUGGCUGGUCUUCCACCUCCCCUUCUGUGACGGGCAUGGAAUCGAACACUUCUUCUGCGAUGUGCCACCCGUAGCACAGCUCGCCAGUAACAAUACCACGCUCAGUGAUGUUGGGGUGUUCCUUACAGGGAUAACGGCCAUUGCUGUGCCCUUGGUAUUGAUCUGCAUCUCUUACCUUUUCAUCGCUGUUGCAGUGCUGCAGAUCCAUUCAACCGCCGGCCGCCGAAAAACCAUCUCCACUUGCUCCUCCCACUUAGCGGUGGUGGCCCUGCAGUAUGGUUGCUGCAGCUUCAUGUACUUACGCCCGAGCAGCAGCUUUUCCCCAAAGCAGGACCAGAUGCUAUCAAUGGUGUACACCCUGGGCACACCACUGCUCAACCCCAUCAUCUAUAGUCUGAGGAACAGAGAGGUGAAAGCAGCCCUGAGGAAAGUCAUCAGCAACCGCAUCUUCCAAAGGCAACCUGAAUGCCACUGA